AACACCUACACCAAUGCUGACAAGUUACUAGAGGCUGCAGAGCAGCUGGCCCAGACCGGAGAGUGCGACCCAGAGGAAAUUUACCAGGCCGCCCACCAGCUUGAAGACCGCAUCCAGGAUUUUGUGCGACGUGUCGAGCAACGUAAAGUGCUGCUGGACAUGUCCGUUGCCUUCCACACACAUGUCAAAGAGCUGUGGACAUGGCUGGAGGAGCUUCAGAAAGAACUGCUGGAUGAUGUUUACGCAGAGUCAGUCGAGGCAGUCCAGGAUCUGAUCAAGCGAUUCGGCCAGCAGCAGCAGACCACCCUGCAGGCAACAGUCAAUGUUAUAAAGGAAGGAGAGGACCUCAUACAACAGCUCAGAGACUCUGCCAUCUCAAGCAACAAGACUCCGCACAACAGCUCCAUGGCCCACAUCGAGAGCGUGCUGCAGCAGCUGGACGAGGCCCAGGGCCAGAUGGAGGAGUUGUUCCAGGAAAGGAAGAUCAAACUUGAGCUCUUCCUCCAGCUCCGCAUCUUUGAAAGGGACGCAAUUGACGUAAGUAGGCGGAAAAUAGAGG